UUUGGAGGAGGAUGAAGGGGCUUGUGAGCCCCAGAGGGAGUGGGAACACGCUUGUGCACAGUCGUCUGGCCUGGGUGGGGUGCCUGUGCGGCUGUGCUAAUUGUCAAGAAUGACUUCCUCAUAGCAUCUCUCCACUGUUUGGUAUGCCGAGUUUCUGUUUGUUCUUGUUUGGAGUUGCAUUCUCAAAGACCCCAAAUAUCCCACCCUCAGGUGCUAGGAGAGGAGGUGGGAGAGAGCCCCUGUUGUUCCACUAGGGAAGACCCCAGGAAUCCGAACGAGAGGCUCAGCAGUCCCCAGGGAGCAGCUGGAUCAUCUACAGCACGCUUUCCUCCUGGGAUCCUGUGUCAGGCUGGAGAUUGGACCCCAACAUUAGGCAAAUAUUGGGUGCUCCUCUGCCUGCUAGAGCAGGGAUGGAAUCCAUCCUGGGAGAGUCCCAGGCCCCCUGUUCCUGCUCCCAGACUGCCCAGGCGUAGUUUUCUAGAUGCUCACUUUAUUUUGUAGCGGGGUGCCCCUCAUUUAUUCAUUCCAGUGGUGCCCCACUGGAAGGGCUUGCGCCAGCUGGAGGGGCCCGGAGGAGCGUGUUGGGAGGAGUAGGCCCAUAGGACUGGCUGCUGUUCUACAGAUCUUGGCUAAGGAUUCCUGCUUGGCGUGUGGCAGGUUCUGUCUCCCGUCUCACGAAUGAUUGCUGGGUUGGGCCGAAGGAGGGACUGGGUGCCCUGCUUUUCUGUGCCAUUUCUACAUCGUGGGGUGUCUUUGCUGCAACACCCCUGCCAGCCUUCUGGUUGCUCAGGGCCUGUGCUGCCUCUGUCAGGUUGGAUCUCCCUCUGGGAGCUGUAUUCUCUCUCCUCCUGAACCUCCACGGUGUGGUACCGCCACUGCUCCCCAUGCCUCCCUCUUCUCUGAACACAUGCUCUCUUCUCUCUCCUUCUCCAGGAAGCCUUCCUUGAAUACCCCCCGUGAUGUCAACCGUUGCCUGUAACCAUGGCUCAUGCCUCUAGAUGCUUCCUUGUUUUUGGCUCCUAGGGCAGGGCCUGGUCUCCCACCUCGGGCUCGGCACGUGCCGCGCACCUAUACCCCGAGUGUGUCAGAGCAGAUGAGCCGCAGCAAGUGGCAGACACAGUCAGACCGAGAACAUCUUGCUCUCCAAGGCCCAGCCCAGGGACGGGAGGGGAUAAAAGUCUCGUGCCAGGGCCCCAGGGCAGAAGCACACACACCGUGACCAUCUCCAGUCCGUCUGAAGCUCCGGGCCUGCCUGUCUCUGCCAUGUCUCUCUCCCCAUGCCGGGCCCAGAGGGGCUUCAGUGCUCGCUCAGCAUGCUCUGCCUUUGCAGGGGCUCGAGGCAGAGCUGGCUUCAGCAGCAGGAGCCUUAGCUCCUCCAGGAGAUGGAGAGGAAGCUCUUGCGAGAGGGCCUGGGGGGCAGGGGCCAGGCAAGGGGUCCGGUUUGGGCAGGGGAGUGGAGGGCCUGGUCUUUCCCAGUGCCCUCCAGGGGGCAUCCAAGCGGUGACUGUGGACCAGAGCCUGCUGACCCCACUGAAGAUCGAGGUUGACCCCCAGUUCCAGGUGGUGAAGACGCAGGAGACUCGAGAGAUCAGAACCCUCAACAACCAGUUUGCCUCCUUCAUUGACAAGGUACGCUUCCUGGAGCAGCAGAAUAAGGUCUUGGAGACCAAGUGGGCCCUGCUCCAGCAGCUGCAGGGGAGUCACAGCCCUCAGGGCCUGGAGUGCAUGUUCGAAGCCUGCCUGGCCCGGCUCAGGCAGCAGCUGGAGGAGCUUCAGAGGGAGCGAGGGGCUCUGGACUCCGAGCUGAAGACCUAUCAGGAUCAGGAGGAUGAGUACAAGUCCAAGUAUGACCAGGAAGCUCACAGGCACGCCUCAGUGCAGAAUGACUUUGCCGUCCUUAAGAAGGAUGUGGAUGAGGUUUUCCAGAGCAAGAUGGAUUUGGAAGGCAGGCUGGAGUCUCUGAGAGAAUACGUCUGCUUCUUGACACGUCUGUAUGAAGAAGAGCUGGGACAGCUGCAGACUCAGGCUGACGACAUGUCAGUGGUGCUGUCCAUGGAUAACAACCGCUGCUUGGACUUCAAUGACAUCAUCGCUGAGGUCCGCGCCCGGUAUGAGGAGAUCACUCAGACCAGCAAGGCCGAGGCAGAGGCUGUGUUCCAGACCAAGUACCAGGAACUUCAGGCAUCAGCCCAGCUUCAAGGGGACAGCAUGAAGGAGGCCCGGGUGCAGAUUUCCCAGCUUCGGCAGGCCAUUCAGAGGCUGCAGAGUCAGAUUGCGAGCCUCAGGACUCAGAACGGCAGUCUGCAAUCGGCCAUUGCUGAUGCCGAACAGCAUGGGGAGAUGGCUCUGAAGGAUGCCCAGGCCAAGCUGGAUGAGCUGGAGGAUGCUCUGAGAGCAGCCAAGCAGGACAUGGCCCAAAUGUUGCGCGAGUACCAGGAACUGCUGGGCACAAAGCUGUCCCUGGAUGUGGAGAUUGCCACAUAUCGAAGGCUGCUGGAGAGCGAGGAGUGUAGGAUGUCAAAGGAGAACAUCAGCCAGGUCACUAUCUCCACAGCAGAAGGCAGUGUUGUUGUGCCUGGAAGAAUUUGUGGAGGCCAAGUAGUAAUGCCUGGAAGAAUUUGUGGAGGCCAAAUGGUUGUACCUGGAAGAGUUAAUGGAGGCCAAAUGGUCGUACCUGGAAGAGUUGAUGGAGGUCAAGUGGUCAUACCUGGAAGAGUUGAUGGAGGUCAAGUGGUCAUACCUGGAAGAGUUGAUGGAGGUCAAGUGGUCGUACCUGGAAGAGUUGAUGGAGGCCAAAUGGUCGUACCUGGAAGAGUUAAUGGAGGCCAAGGGGUCAUACCUGGAAGAGUUGAUGGAGGCCAAGUGGUUGUACCUGGAAGAGUUGAUGGAGGCCAAGUGGUCAUACCUGGAAGAGUUAAUGGAGGCCAAGGGGUCAUACCUGGAAGAGUUGAUGGAGGCCAAAUGGUCAUACCUGGAAGAGUUGAUGGAGGCCAAGUGGUUGUACCUGGAAGAGUUGAUGGAGGCCAAAUGGUUGUACCUGGAAGAGUUGAUGGAGGCCAAGUGGUCGUACCUGGAAGAGUUGAUGGAGGCCAAAUGGUCAUGCCUGGAGGAGAUUGUAGAGGCCAAAUGGUCAUGCCCGGAGUUGGUGAUGGUCAAGUGGGCACUUGUGGACUCAGAGGCUGGAAAGGCGGCUUUGGGUCUGGAGGCUGCUCUAGCAUCGUAACUGGUGGCUUUGAUAUCCCCCAGGGAUCUGAGUGUAGUCCCAGCAUGGGUUCCUGCUCUGUGUCUGGCUCUGGCUUCAGUUCUGGUUCUGGCUCCUGCUGCCGCACCAUCCUGAAGCAGACAGUGGAAUCAAGUCGGAAGACAUCUGUCAUUUACUGAGUGACCAGACAGUCAUAUCCCUUCUGAUCCCAGCAGCCUUGUCCCCACCCCAUCUUCCAUACCCAGUGUCUACAGCCCAAGGCAGCCCACAGGGCGCUGGAGAAAGCCAAUAAAGUCUGCCUGCCUGCUGUCCCAAGUGCUCAGCUGGCAGGCCUUGCUCUGCACACUCA